AAUGCCAUUCAUUUAAAGGUCAGAUAUGAAAAGACUUUUGCUUCUUUCACUUCCAUUCUCUAAUGCAAAUCAUUUAAACAAAUUCAAAACAUACUGUGAAUCAUUGUUUGCUGCCAUUGAACACCAAGACUUCAAUGAACACAUCUGACGUGAGGUUCAGAGAUGACAUCAUUCACCAUUGCUGUGACAUCAUGUGCAUUAUUUAACCAGGAGAGAGGAGGUAGAGGAGUAGCUUUUCCAUUUGUCAAGGCUAUAAAUAUGGUGAAUCAACAUAUGGAUCAGGGACAAGCCAAUGAAGGGCGGUUUAAAAUUGUAUUGAUAACUACAAGCUGUCCGAAAAAUGUUUAUGAUCUGGAAAUUGACCAUAUCUGUGAGAUUACUGCCAAGAAAACACUUCUUGAGCAUCUUAAUGACCUCAAGCCUGUUCUCUACCUGUCGACGGACUCAGAGAGUGUAAGAGAGGCCAUCAAAGCAGGAUAUGGAGCAGCCAUCAUGUUCCAGACCAAUUACACUGAGCUCAGUGAUGACAAGUUACGUGUGGCCUUUGAUGGCGAUGGAGUCCUGUUUUCAGAUGAAUCGGAGAGAGUCUACAGAGAGAGAGGUCUAGAUGCUUUCUUGCAAAAUGAGAAGGAUUUAGAAAACACAGUUCUGAAAGUGGGCCCUCUAGGAGAGUUUGCUAAAGCAUUACUCUUCAUUCAAAAGAGAUUUUCAAAAAACUGUCCAGUCCGUACCUACUUAGUAACAUCUCGCAACGCAGGCAGUCCUGGAAUAAGAGGCUUCAAGACUCUACAGGAGCAUGGAUUGGGCAUAGAUGAGGCAUUCUUUCUCUGUGGUUCUCAUAAAGGGCCCAUAUUAAAAGCUAUUAAACCUCACAUCUUCUUUGAUGACCAAAAAUCACAUGUUAAAGGAGCCCUAGAACAUGGUGUUGUUGGUGCUUGUGUACCUUUUGGGGUAUGCAGUGAUUAAGAAUUAACCAUGAUGACCUGUUCUGCUGGUGUGAUUUCUAUUAUGAGGGAAGAUAAUUUGGUGAUCAUUUCAGCUGUUGUGUUUUAUGGCUUUAUGAGUGCAGGAAAUUAAGGCAAAAAAAAUUGUUGGCAAUAUCGUCUCUGUCAGGCUCAAACCUCAUAACUCCAAAACUGCAACAUUUCAGGAAAUGGAACAAAAGACUUAAAUAAUGUUAAAUAAUUAAACAUUGUGUUGACAAGCUCUUUUUUAAUACUUACUUUGGUUUAAUAUUUGCAAAACCCACAGAUAUUGGAUGACCAAUAUUAAUGAUUUAUGAAAAAAAUGAAAACCAUGAAAUAUGGAGAUAAAAGUAUUCUGCUUGACAGCGACAAUAUAUAAAUGGUCAAAUAAAACAAUAAAUUGAUCAUAACCUAAAUUUUAUAAAUGUUUUAGUAUUUUACCUAAAUCACUCUCUGUACCUUUUUGUUUUCUCAUAAUAAACAUGAGCCUUGCUAUUCCUCGCUAUUCCACGUGUCCAGAGGU